AUGCCGUGUUCCGAGGAUGCUCCAAGGCUGCUCCGGGCCCUGAGCAGUAAGUUCUUCCAGGCGUCGGCUGGUCGCGACGCGGUCGCCUGUACGAGGAACCGCUGCUUCUCCGAAGGGCCGGCAGACGAGCUUGAGAGGCAAGCGCAGGAGAUGGGCAGCAGCUGUGACUUCAUGCGGUCGGCUUGUGAUGAGGAUCAGUGGGCCUUUCGCUUCAGUGCGGCGAGGCAAAGAGGGGCCGAAGUCAUCUUGCUGCGGAAGUUCCUGGCGGGCCUUACCUGCCCGCAGGUCACGGAGAGGGCAGAGGAGGCGGAUAUCUUCGUCGUGCCUUACCUGGCAGGAUUAGACUGCUUCCUCGGCGGUCACCAGUUCCGAUGUCCCACGAGGUGGAACGAGCACACGAAGGAUCUGUUCAGGUUGUUGGCGCACUAUUCUCCAGCCACGCGUCAUCGCCAUCUUUUCCUCGCAACUGCAGACCUGCAUAGCAUUCCCCUGCAGCUUCAAGCGCAGCAUCUCUUAAUCUCCCAUGGAGCAGCAUGGGGAGGUUUGCCCGGUCAGCUGGUAUCCCCCAGCGCGGUUGCAGAUGUUUUUGCACAACUCCCGCUGCCACGAACAGAGACGGCUGACUCGAUUCUGUUCUGGUUGGCAGUUUCGCCAACAAGCACGCUGCGCCGUGCACUAGUGAUCCACCUGCUUGAGUUUGACGAGGCGUAUCCUGAAGCCCAGCGUGCCGGAGAUUUGAGUCGACGGGGCCGCGUGGUCAUCCAUCAGUUGGAGCGGACGCAGAGGCAGCCCCCCCCGCGGCAGUUCGCGGAGGAGCGGCAGCGUGCUAAGUUCUGCCCUGUCCCGCCCGGCGAGACGUCCGGAGGCCUUAAACGGCUACUGGACGCUUUGCUGGCAGGCUGCAUACCAGUGGUGGUAGCCUUCCGGACCACCCUUGGCAGCGGAAAGAGCUGGUGGCGCCACGACGGAGCUCCUUUGGAGUGGAGCUUGCCCUUCUUUCGGGAGAUCGACUGGCCCCGGCUGGUGGUGGAGGUGAGCGAAGAGCAUUUCUGGCAGGGCCGGCUGGCGCCGCAGUGCCUGGGCUUGUCCCACAAAGAGCAGGUGGAGAAGCAUGACUACAUCGCAGAGGUGCGCGGCCUCUUGCGCUACGACCUGGCCGGGGGGAGCAGGGAUGCUUUCAGCCUGCUUAUGGAUGGCGUUCGCCGCGCGCUGACUGAUGCGGACGGGGGAUCCACGUCAACGCCCCAUCUGGCCCAGGUCUGCUCUGCCACGCCUCGAGGAGCUCGGCAUGUGGAGACGUACUUGGAAGAGACCAGGACCGUCGAGAAGCGCUGGUCCCACGCUUUCUCGGAGGUCUCGUGCUGUGAUCCUUCUCUGUGGCAACCGGCGGGUGCUUUCUUCAAAGUAGGUGCAGACCCGCAGGUCCUUUUUGAACAGUACACCUUGACAGCCUCAUGGUGUACCGCCGACCGGAUGCAGUGCGUCCGCGUGUACGGCCGCACGGAGAAGCGCCUCGAUGAUCUGCGGGAUCAGCGGCGCGUCCUUCAGGAGGCCAAGUUUGCCCUGUGCUUCCCGGAUGUCCCAGUGGCCUGCCAUGAUAGCCUCAUCCCAGUGGAGGGUGAGCUGGUCACAGAACUCUGCAGCGAGGUUGCGUCGCCCCGGCCGGCGAUGCCCAGCUGCCGGUUGCUUGCGGAGGUCGCCCCGGUUCCUCCGCUGCUUGCGCUCGGAGCGCAGGUGCACGUGGAGCUUGUCCUCCUGAAGUGCAGGCCUGGGAGCGGAAGGAUGUGGGGCACGGGCGCUAUGGAGAUGGCAGGGCUGGUCAUCCACACGGCGGUCUACGACACCUGCGAGGGGCGCGAUGGCCCCAGCUCCAACAGGCUGCUGCUCGAGCACACCCUGGUACGCCUACACCAAGCCCACCAUGGCGGCAGCAUCCCCGACUUCCUCUUGCUCGCUUGGGGCCCGGAAGGGGCCGAAGAAACCGAAGAAACGGACGCCUUCCUGGAUGUGGAGGUGAUCCUUGAGAGGUUCCUGGGGCAGCUCAGGCGCAGAGACGCCGUCGACUGGGUCUUCGUGGUGGAGGGCCCGCCGGGAAGGUCCUGGCCCUGCGAAGGCGACAAGUUCAUGUCGCAGGGCUGCGAGACCGAAGUGGUGCCGCAGGCCCUGGCUUUCUCCACAGAGCUGUUGAGGCAAGCCCUGGUCCCGAACUGGGAGUCCGCCGCGGCUCUGCAGCUCAAGGGGGAUCGCCGGGACUGGCUGCAAGUGUGGUUUGCUCUACUGACCUACAACAUACGAACACUGACGUGA